GUCGUUGAGUUUUGUUUCGUUCUUAACAAAGAAAAGACCAGUCUUCUUGUUAAUUCUCCACCGUUAGAUAGAGAUAACACCUCUGACUCUUCUCUUAUUCGUCCUCAGAUCUCUCUUCAUCCAUAGAUCUUCAUCGACUAUAUUCACUUGUUCAAAACAACAUCCGAUCUGUGAAUUUUUAUUUUCUUUCAAUUCAUUUUCUCAUUUGUUGAAGAUUCAAUUAGGGUUCUUCCUCCAUCAUCAGCCAUCGUCGUUGACUUCCUCUUAAGCUCAAGAACACAUGAUUCUCUAAGCAAAGACAAAGCCUUUUGAUGGCGGCUGCAACUGCAAUGGAGCCAUCUUCAUCUAUAAGCUUCACAUCUUCCCACUUGUCCAACCCUUCUGUUGUCACCAAUCACCAAUCAUCAUCUCCCAAUCUCGAAGCCGCGAGUCUAGCCAAGCUCAGCACCGACUUGGAGAAUCUCCUCACCAGCUCAGACUGCGACUACACUGACGCAGACAUCACAUUCGAAGGAGAAUCUCGCGCUGUGGGCGUUCACAGAUGCCUUUUAGCUGCCAGGAGCAAGUUUUUCUUGGACCUGUUCAAGAAAGAUAGAGGAAGCGAGGAGGAGAAGAAGAAACCAAAGUAUCAUAUCAAAGAUCUGUUGCCUAAUGGACACGUGGGGAGGGAGGCGUUCUUGCAUUUCUUGAAUUACAUCUACACUGGGAAGCUGAAGCCUUUCCCUGUAGAGGUUUCCACUUGCGUUGAUACCGGCUGCGUUCAUGACUCUUGUAAACCCGCCAUUGAUUUCGCUGUUGAGUUGAUGUAUGCUUCGUAUACGUUCAAAAUCACUGAGCUGGUUUCAUCGUUUCAGAGGAGGCUUUGUAACUACGUUGAGAAGUCGCUAGUGGAGAAUGUUCUCGCAAUCCUCUUAGUUGCGUUUCAUUGUGACUUAACUCAGCUUCUUGAUCAGUGCAUAGAGAGAGUAGCUAGAUCUGAUCUAGACAGAUUCUACAUAGAGAAGGAGCUUCCUCUUGAAGUCUCUGAGAAAAUCAAGAAGCUUCGAGUCAAGUCAAUGAACACAGACGAGGUGGCUGAUAAAUUGAUAGAGAGAACGGGGAAAGUACUCAAGGCGUUGGAUUCAGAUGAUGUUGAGCUAGUGAAGCUUCUUUUAACCGAGUCAGACACAACUCUAGACCAAGCCAAUGGUCUGCACUACGUAGUGGCCUACAGUGAUCCGAAAGUUGUGGCUGAGGUUUUGGCUUUAGACAUGGCUGAUGUGAAUUACAGAAACUCGAGAGGGUACACGGUUCUUCACUACGCUGCUAUGCGUAGAGAGCCGUCGAUUAUCAUAUCGCUUCUUAAGAAAGGAGCUAAUGCUUCUGACUUCACCUUUGAUGGACGGAGUGCGGUUAAUAUAUGUAGGAGAAUGACUAGGCCUAAGGAUUAUUAUACCAAAAAUGCAAAGGGGGAUGAAGCUAGUAAAGAUCGGUUGUGUAUUGAUAUCUUGGAGAGGGAGAUUAGAAGGAAUCCAUUGGCUAGUGGAGGUGGGGAUGCACCUACUUGUUCUCAUUCUAUGCCUGAGGAUCUUCAAAUGAGGCUGCUCUACUUAGAAAAGCGAGUGGGGCUUGCUCAGUUGUUCUUUCCAACAGAAGCUGAUGUAGCUAUGGACAUUGCUAAUGUUGAAGGGACUAGUGAGUUCACAGGCUUUCCUGUUCCACCGCCUUCGAAUGGCGCAACGGGGAACUUGACUCAGGUUGAUUUGAAUGAAACGCCUUAUAUGCAGACUAAAAGACUGCUUACUCGUAUGGAAGCACUCAUGAAAACAGUUGAGACUGGUCGGAGGUAUUUUCCAUCUUGUUCAGAGGUUCUGGACAAGUACAUGGACGAUUAUAUGGACGAGGACAUACCUGAUAUGUCGCAUCCGGAGAGAGGCUCGGUGAAAGAGAGGAGAUGGAAGAGGAUGAGAUAUAAGGAGCUGAAGAACGAUGUUAAAAAGGCGUAUAACAAAGACAAACAGGCCAAGAUUGCACGGUCUUGUCUCUCUGUUUCAUCACCAGAUUCUUCUCUUAGAGGUUCCUUAGAGAACCAAACAUGAUCUUGUGCCAUAAUGAAACUUCUUGAAGAAGUUGUUGGUUUAGCUGUUUUAUAGUAAAAUAUUUGAGAUUCCAUUUUUGUUUUUAGGGCAUGGUUUGUAUUAAAUGGAAUUGAUUAUUGAAAUGUA